UGUCAGUGUGUAAUAUCUGCGUUGAAGAAAAGCUCCUCUCUCACUGGCUGCUAUGACCUAGCUACCGGACGACACUUUCUGUUUUCACGACUGACCACUGCGUCUGAUAUACGUUUGUAGCAUUUUUUUUUUUUUUUGCUACCAUACAUUCAAUAUAGAGACUUUUUUUUAUGGUCGCUGUGCCGCGACUUUUUACCCGUAGCUGCCGGCCUCUGAGGCUAAGCUGGCUAGCUGAGUAGUGACAGAGUGGACAGAGGUACAGUAACGUUAGCAAACAAGCUAAUCAGCAAGAAAGACUGUCAGUCUGGAUUAUUGUGUGUAAUCAAAGGGAGCCUAACACUGCGCGGUUUUACUCACUGCGGCAAAAAUGAAGAUAACUGUGGAUUUCGAGGAAUGCUUGAAGGACUCCCCGCGGUUCAGAGCCACCAUAGAGGAAGUGGAGGGGGAUGUGUGUGAGUUGGAAUCCAAGCUCGACAAAUUGGUGAAGUUGUGUAUUGGGAUGAUUGAUGCUGGAAAAGCCUACAAUGCAGCCAACAAACAGUUUGUUUACGGAAUCCGGGAGCUAGCCCAGCAGUCCACCAAAGAUGAAGUCAUUGAGUCCAGUCUCACAAAGUUUGCUGAGAGUCUGCAGGAGAUGAUCAACUAUCACACAAUAUUAUUCGAUCAGGCCCAGAGAUCAAUCAAGACCCAGCUUCAAAUAUUUAUCAAAGAUGACUUGCGUAAGUUCAAAGAAGCCAAAAAGCAAUUUGACAAAGUGAGUGAAGAAAAGGAGACGGCGCUGAUCAAGAACGCUCAGGCUCCUCGCAACAAGCAGCAUGAGGUGGAAGAGGCCACCAACAUCCUCACUGCCACACGCAAGUGCUUCCGACACAUCGUCCUCGAUUACGUUUUACAGAUCAAUGUGCUACAAUCCAAGAGAAGAUCAGAAAUCUUAAAAUCAAUGUUGUCCUUCAUGUACUCCCACCUGACGUUCUUCCACCAAGGCUAUGACCUCUUCAGUGAACUACAACCGCUAAUGAAACUGCUUGGAGGACAGUUGGACCAGCUGGUGGUUGAUGCUGCCAAAGAGAAGAGAGACAUGGAGCAGAAACACUCCACCAUUCAGCAAAAGGCUGCUAUCCAGGAGGUGACUGAGCUCGACUCUUCACCCGACUGCCGCAACUUUUGUGCUUGGAGGUCGUCCUCCGAUUUCUCGAAUGACGACACCAAGCUGGAGUACAAUGUUGACGCAGACAACGGCAUUGCCAUGGAGGGUUAUCUGUUUAAGAGGGCCAGCAAUGCCUUCAAGACGUGGAAUAGGCGUUGGUUCUCCAUCCAGAACAAUCAGCUAGUUUACCAGAAGAAAUUUAAGGACAACCCUACUGUGGUGGUGGAGGACCUGAGGCUUUGUACAGUGAAACACUGUGAGGACAUAGAGCGCCGCUUCUGUUUCGAAGUGGUAUCACCCACCAAGAGCUGUAUGAUGCAGGCAGACUCAGAGAAGCUGCGACAGGCCUGGAUCAAAGCCGUCCAGAACAGCAUCGCCACUGCCUUCAGAGACAAGGGAGAUGAGGGCGAGAAACUGGACAGGAAGUCUUCCACGUCGACAGGGAGCCUGGACUCUGGUGGAGAGCCAAAGGAGAGAUCACUGAAAGGAGAGAGUGCCCUGCAGAAGGUCCUGGCCAUCCCAGGCAACACUUGCUGCUGUGACUGUGGCCAGCCAGACCCUCGCUGGGCUAGCAUCAAUCUGGGCAUUACCCUCUGCAUACAGUGCUCUGGUAUACACAGGAGCCUCGGAGUACAUUUCUCCAAGGUUCGGUCUUUGACUUUAGAUUCAUGGGAGCCAGAGCUUUUAAAGUUAAUGUGUGAACUGGGUAACGGAGUGAUCAACCAGAUCUAUGAGGCUCGUCGAGAGGAGCUGGGAGCCAGAAAACCACAGCCAGGAGAUCCCAGACAUGAGGUAGAGGCCUACAUCAAAGCCAAAUACGUGGAACGGCGUUUUGUCCGCCGGCCAUCAGACGAGGAGCUUCGCAACAAAGUGGUUUCUCUGAGCAAGCAGGAAAAGAGACUGAGCAGCAGCUCUGAGCAUCUGCCCCCCAGACCGCCACCGCCCACGCCAAAGCUCAGACCUGGUUCAAACGCCUCCGGACAAUCAGCUGUUGCCAGCGGCUCGGAGGCCCGCCGUGACUCUCUCUUCUGUCCUGACGAGCUUGACUCGCUCUUCUCCUACUUUGACAACUCCUCCAAGCUCAGGAGCAUAAAAAGUGCAGACAGCGGCAUCCAGAACAGUGCUGAUGGGAGCAGGGAGAUGCUGGCCAACACCCCGUCCAAUAACAGCCUGGCCGAUGCAGAAGCUGCUGAGGCUCCACCCAUCUUGCAUAUUUCAGAAGCUGCUGAGGCUCCACCCAUGCCCAUGCCUGCCACACUGCCUCCUCCUUCCCCUUGUAAGGAGGUGGUUUUCUACGAGCCUAAAGAGUACAGCCCAGGUCUGCAGCUCUACUGGGCCUCAUGUGCACGCAGCCUGCCCGACAUGGCAGAGGCUCUGGCCCAUGGAGCCGAGGUCAACUGGGUCAACACCGAAGAUGACAAGAGGACACCGCUAAUCAUGGCGGUGCAGGGGGGAUCGCUGGUCACCUGUGAGUUUUUGCUCCAAAACGCAGCUAGUGUGAACCAGCAGGAUGCUCAGGGCCGAGGACCCCUUCACCACGCCACCAUGCUGGGACACACGGGGCAAGUGUGUUUAUUUUUAAAAAGAGGAGCCAAUCAAAAUGCUGCAGACAUUGACGAGAAAACACCCCUGAUGAUAGCGGUGGAUGCGGCUAACGCAGACAUUGUCACACUGUUGCGACUGGCCAAGAUGAACGAGGAGAUGCGAGAGGCGGAGGGGCCCUACAGUCAGUCAGGAGAUGAAACAUACCAGGACAUUUUCCAGGAUUUCACUCACAUGGCUUCAAACGACCCGGAUAAGCUUAACCGCUACCAGCAGUACGAUCCACAAAAACCCUGACACGACAACAACUGCACCGUCCACUAGCACUCAGAGACUAUGUCUUCUCAACCAGAUGGAGGCAGAACGUCAUCUGGAGAAAUGUCCUCCCCUUUCCCUCCACAUCAGCGAUGAUCAGAGCUGGUUAGUGCUACCGCAGCUGGACUCAGGUCAUCAACGCAUCUCAUAUGGAAAAAGCUCCCUUUGUUCAAAUUAUAUGAAUUGACCUUUUAGCUGUGAUAAAUCACCCUGUUGAUGGCAUUUCAGUCAAGUUUAGGGGAACAGCAAACCUCAUUUUUCAAACAAAGGCUGUGUUUCCCUGUAGGAUCUAUUAGUGAAUGGUACCGUGUUAGAGCCUUUAAAAGGUGCAAAGCCAUGAAAAGAAAUCCAUUGAUCUGAGUGUGAAUGUAGAGUCGCCUUCAAGGCUGUCUCUUACUUUGAUUAACUUCAAUCUUUUGUCACACUUCCUGAUGGAAGAAGUUUUAAAGAUGUGUUUUUAUAAAUAUAAAAACAUAAUUGUACUGCAUCAGAUCUGUACAAAUGUAUAGUGGACUGUUAAAUCCCACAUUUCAAUUCUUAAAUACUUCAUCUUUUCAGCAGAAUUCUCUCUCUCAACAUCUUUCAACAUAUGCAAACGUGACCGGGUUCUUUUAUUUGUUGCUUUAGCACUCUCUUCAGUGUAUACUUAGUAGUACGCUUUUACUUCAUUGCACGGACCCCUUUGUCCUAAAUCACCACUGAUGUUUACCAGUUUGAUGGUAAGUUUUUGACUUGUUAAACAAUGUACAGUAAUUAUAGAAGUGAAUAUGUUAUCUAUGCUUCUGUCAUGUUUAAUAGAUAGUAUUUUAGGAUUCUUAAAGGUUAGUUAUUUUUGAACAAGGUUCUCUGAAUGAUUUACAUCGUCCAUGUUGUCACCACAGCAACAUCUGCAGAACAUCUGCGAGGCCAAUUAGCUGUUUAGCAUUGUUAUUAGGUGGACUUGGGUUUAGUUAUGAUGAAUGAUUAUUAAUUUGUACCUUCAGUCUCAUGCUGGUAUAAGAUGAAGUCGAGCUUCACAUUGCUGUGGGCACUUGAAGUGUUCAUGUGGCUGUUUGAUUCCCGUUGAUUUUAGAGAGACCCUGAACAACACAACGACACUGUACUUUCAGGCAAUGUGUUCUGUGGUUGAGUUUGUAGGGAAUAUAGGAUCUUCCCUGAAAAUCUGCUCAGUUAAAGUUAAACCAACGUGAUGUUUGUUUUAAUAUCGGAAACGUACUGUAGUUACAAGUGUGGAUUCAAACCCAGGCAACUCUCAUUUGGCAGCUUCUUUGUCAACAAAGAUGAAAAUCAGUCUUAUCUUUUUUUCCUCAGUAGAAACUGUGUGGAUAAAACAUCAACACCAUAUGCACUGGGAACACUCGUCAUGCAGCAGAGAACCAAAAAGAAUGAUUUGAAAGUGAACACUUUCUCUUUUUCUGUGCGAUUUAACUUUCUUAGGAAAUUAUUUUAGACAAAUUCAGUGUUCCACAUUUUCUACAUCAGUUUACAAAAUGUCUGUAAAGUGAGUUACAUUGAAGCAGAUUUCUUUAAACGUGUGCUGUCAAGAAACAUCACAUCUCAUAAAGCUUUAACUAAGUUAAUGCACCAUCUUAUAAUUCAUGAACUGUUCAACGCCACACAUGAACUCUGCACAUUUCAUGAUAGUACAUGAAACUAAAGAAAGCAGUUUGAGACUUUAAACACAUGAAGCCUUCACCUCUCUGUGACAUUAUAUCAUAAGGUGUGAUAUGCAGUAGAGAGGAAACGUUUGGUCUUUGCAACAUGGGAUACAAUUCUUGUACAUUUUGUACAGAUGCUUAAAACUCUCCAGAGCAAGUGAAGUAUAAAGUUAGUGGUACUUGAAUCAUUUAUAAGCUUUUGUACAUGCUGUUCUUUGUAUCCUUCAGUGAUUUUAUCUCAUUUUAUAUUGUCCAUCUUUACACCAGUAUACAUGUCCUGUAUAUUCUACCUGUAAUAUGUUAACAUAAACUUCAAUACAUAUGGACUGAUGAUUGA